UGCUCUCUUCCACUAACCGCCACGAUCUUACGAAUCUGUAUCUCAGGAUUUUACUGCUGUCCUUCAUUUAUUUGUCAUGUAUUCUAGUCACCACCAUUCUCGACCUCGUGUAUCCAUACCUUCAGGCUCCCAGCAGCCAAUGAACCCGGAACCACCUUUUUCACCCUAUGCAUUCGAACUUACGCCGGCACCAGACCGUCAACAUGUGUCGAAUUUAUGGGACACCUUAGAUUCGCAACAUGUUCCAGGUGCCUUCGAACCACGUACUCAUUCUAUGCUGAACAUCAGCUCCCAAUCUUCCAAUCUGAGUCGCGCAAGCACAGUUUCUGCGGCAUCGGAGCCUCUUAUCCCUUUCCCGGAACCUCAGUUAUAUCGUUCAUCGUCUCAAAGAGCUAGCCUUUCUCCAGGAAAUAUUCCAGUACUCACGCAUCGACACAGCAGAAGUGCUUUGGGUGGCGGUGGUCCGCAUCUGCGACGAGAAGAGUCGCGUCUAUCUUUGGCUUCGUCUUAUGAUCAGCUGGAUGAUAGUGACCAUUAUGAAACUGCAUCUGCUGGUUCCCAUGGUAACACUGAUAACGCGACUCAGCAGCUUUCUAAUUUGUCACUGGAGUCGGAGGAAGGACUGCGGAAGUUUCAGGCCGGGGAAUUACCCGAAGUUGAUCAGGAAUGGUAUAAACUAGUCCCUCCAGAAGCCCGGGAAGCUCUCGGAAAGAAAGAGGUACAGAGACAGUCUGUGCUAUUCGAAGUAUUCAAAUCAGAACGUGAAUAUGUCUCUGACUUGGAAGCCGUGCAGGAUGUUUUCAUCACGCCGUUGAGGUGCGCGGACCCACCUAUUAUUGCCGAAAACAGCCUAUCCGGGUUCAUUGCCGAAGUUUUCGGGAACUUGAGUCAGAUUCUUACCCAUCAUCAGCGACUUUUGGCAGCUCUCUUUGCUCGCCAGCGCGAGCAACAUCCGUUCGUUCUUAGUAUCGCCGACAUCAUACUGGAGACUGCUUUGAACCCCGGUUUCAGAUCUGCGUACGAAAUCUACAUCAAACAUUACCCCAUAGCAGAGUCUCGUCAUCGAAAGGAACUCAAGCGAAACUCUUCUUACCAGUCUUUCGUCCAAUCUGUAUCUUCCGACCCGAGAAUUCGAAAGCGUGACUUGGUCACCUUCCUCUCACGCUCUGUGACUAGGCUACCACGUCUGAGCUUGCUCCUAGAACAAAUACUGAAAUUGACCGACAAGGAUUCCGAACAUCCAGACUUGGAAAGUCUACCUAUCAGUCUAGGGAUAUUCAGUGAUUUUAUCAAGAGCACUCAGCCUGGAAUAGAAGCUGCAGAGAGCAAGGUCAAGUUUUGGUCUUUAUGCGAAAGUUUGCAGUUUCAGAAGGGCGAAACGAUCGACAUGGAUCUGUAUGACGACAGCCGGACACUAGUGUACUCCGGGCCUGUAGCGCGAAGAUCACGUUCAUCAACGUCCGGAUCUUGGACUGACCUUGUUGUCGCUCUACUGGAUAAUUACUUUCUUUUGACUCGCGAAGAGACCAGGCCAAAUGCCGUCGUCAAACGAUUUCUCAUUUCCCGCCCGCUUCCUCUAUCCUUCCUGCGUUUAGGAACCUUCUCCGACCCACCUGAAUAUCGCAAAGAAUACGAUAAGGAAGGUGGUGUUUUGGGUUUGCGAUACCACAACGUUCCCAUUUAUCCUUUCACCAUAUACCACGCCUCGAGUAGGGCAAACCGCCGAUAUACCCUCUACGUUUUGAGCGAUUCAAUACGCAAAAAGUGGUUUAACUAUCUUGUUGAUGCCAUCGGGGUCAACAAAGCCCGACAGGACGGAAACAUGUACUUUGACGUUCAAACGCUCUCCGACUCUUUUUUCCGUGUCAUGGGACCGAAGUACAGCUCGGGUGGGCGCCUGACUGGCAAAGUUACCAGUGCGGUACCAUUUGUUAGUGGAGGACGUAACUUUCUUGCCGUUGGCUGCGCGUCAGGCAUAUAUGUCUCAUUACGUGGGAAGGAUGAGUUUCGAAAGGUUCUGGAUCAUUCUAAUCCAACAUCUAUAGCUGCCGUCCAGACGUUUGAAAAAAAGAUCUUCAACAGAUUUCUCGUACAUCAUGAUUCGGUCCUGACGUCGUAUUCCCUUGACCUCGUUGCGCGGGUGGCAGUUGGUCAAGCUCAGCAAAAAACCCUAGAAGCUUCACUGGAAAAAAUAGCUGGCCACGACGCGAACGUUCUUUUCUUUCGGCAAGUGCACAUCGGUACAAGGGUCUUGAUCAUAUAUGCUUCAAAGAGGCUUUUACAAGUGUCGCUCAGCCUUCACGUACUUGAGGCUGUGGACGUAUCAGAGACGCCUAUGUCUCCGAGGCGCAACUCCUCAACAACCGGAAUAUCCUUUCGUCCUUUUGGUGAUGCUGGGUAUGUUCCCAAAGACGCGUACGACAUUACAGCCCUUGUCAAAACGAUUGGGGUAUGCACUGAUGCUGGGAUAGUCAUCUUGGAUCCAACCAACUUGGCACGAUCUGCGGUGACAGUCGUCCCUAAUCUCAGUGACGCGACAAACAAUGCCGCUAUGGCGACACUGAAAUCUCGACUAGAGGGUGCUAAACCAUUAGGGCUUGUUCGAUGUGAUUCAAACGAGCUUCUGGUUGUCUAUAAUAGUGUUGGAUGUUAUAUUACAAAGCACGGCCAGCCCAGCCGUGCCUGUAAAUACCUCAGGUGGGAAACGCAGGCGACGUCGUUCGCCCAUCGCGGUGUCCAUUUUCUUCUCUUUUCAUCGGGGUUCAUCGAAGUCAGGAAUAUUAUCACUGGCCGUCUUGUGCAGGUUAUAGAGAGCGACAGUAUUCGCUGCUUGUAUUCCGGACCUGCCACAAGCUCAAAUGAUACGAUCCUGGUCGGGAUGCGAGGCGCCAAAGACGACAAAGACGGUGUUAGCGAGCGUAUAGUGGAGUUAGUGGAAACGAAAGAGCUCGGAGUGAACCAUCCUCCAGUUACCAACGGCGCACCUGGAAUGUGGGAUGAGUGGGAUAUGUGAUUUAUGCUAAGUAAAUCGCUAUUCGCUACGUUACAGCUCGACCUAAUAUGUAUGUAUCUACUCGUGUGUAUCCAGUACAUAGACUCUUUUGAUUACUCUUUGAACCCCACAAAGAAUCUCAAGGGGAGACUAACAACAGAAAACCCUCAUUGAUCAAAGCGACAACUGGG